AUGGCUAGUAAUUGGAGGCCACCGCCGUGUUGGGACAGGACACAGCCUGUGGGCCCACUACAGUCUGGAAACCCACCGCACCCUUGGAAUACACCGAAUCCUCAGGGCCCAUAUCAGUCUGGGUACCCACCGCAGCCUUCGAAUGCACCGCAGCCUUCGAAUCCGCCGCAGCCUUCGAACCCCUCGACGAACCCAGAUGCGAUCACAACAGCUCAGUCGACGAUAUUGUCAGACGCUUCAACGCAACAAGACAGUUCGACGCAGGCUGAAGAUAAUAGGCUGAGUCAGGAAGCGCCGCAGGCUCAGAACCGGCGGCGGAUUCAGAUCAGGCGGCAGGUUCAGAGGCGGGCCCAAUGGCAGGUCCAAUGGCUUAGGUGGAUGAGCAAUAUCUUGCCGAGAAGGAUCUUGCCGGAAAGGAUCUUCCAUAGAAGGAUCUCCCCGCCAAGAGUCCUCCUGAGAGGAGACCCAUUAGGACAGCCUCAAGAAGCAGACCUGCCGAACGUAUCCGCAAGGCCUUUGGCAUCGACGGGCCAACUUCCUCCUUCAGAAUCGAAUCCCCCUUCUCGCGAGUACAUCUGGGGGUGGAUUGACCGCCGAGAUGGAGGGCUAAGUUACGAUGAUCUGCCUACUUGGUUGAGGAAUGCAAGCCAGGGGCUAAAUCUGAAAGGCGCAUUCGAUGCCAUGACUGAGCUUGCAGGAAGAAUCCCAGGUGACACUAGCGCCCACUUUGAGUUACUCGCUAAACCAGUAGUGGACGACUUCUACCACCAGAAGGCACUCACCCCUCAAGAGAGUGAUUCCAGUAUGAUGGUGAGCGAUUUCGCCGAAACGCAAACUCGUCCAUAUUACGCAGCGCUUUUUGCUACCAAGCAAGGCCGGCAUUAUGGUACAGCUUGGCACUGGUGGGCAAUUGCUUCCGUUCGUGAGGCUGGUCCAUUAAAUACGACGGCAUCCGACCCUGGCAAGCCACAACAUCUCUUUGUGUAUGAUCCGAGGCCUUUGCAACUAGACCUUGAAGGGCUUAGGACUACGCGAGGCUUGCGCGACUUUCUUCGAAAUGAUCAAUACCAAAUGCUGAAGAGAUUGAAUCAGGAAGUUCCCAUCAAGUAUCUUUUUGUCAAUCGGGCACGACUGCGGAUGCCCGACCUGAGUGAUCGCCUUCGAGGGACCUUGUGGUGGAUCUUCAAUAUGGUCAGCCGUGGUGAUAUGCCAAUUGCGAUCGGAUCAGAGCUAAGCGAUCUUCGAUGCAAGGCAGUCGACGCGGUCACUCUGGAGUUUGAACACGAUGAACAAGAUACGGGAGCAAAGACAGAGCGGAAGUUGAUCUUGAGAUCGAUUGCAAGAGCGGUUGAGCGUUGA